CGUUGGACCACAACUGUGGUGAACUGCGGCGUCAAUGCGUCACCUUCAGUGACGGCCUAAAGGAGCCUGAAACGAUCAAUCCCCUCUUGGUGAUCACCUCAUCCGAGUCUGCCGCUGGCAGGUAAUCGGAUCGGUUGGAUCAAUUAUUCAAUGGCCAUGUUUUGUACAUGGCGUUUCAGUUACGGAAAAUUGAGGAAGAACUCACGUUAUUGGUUUUGCAAAGUCGCACACCCCUGGGGUUCCUCCUAUUUAGCCUGCCUUCAAGAAUCAAGAUGCCACAUCUUCUUCACAACUCAGGAUGUCUUCCGGUUUCUCUGAAGCUGAUAUACCCCUCCUCGUAGAUGAGAAUACCAACUAUCCUAAUCAAGUGUGGUAUACUCUCGCUGCCUUUCUCUUCGUCGUCGGCUUCUUCCAGUGGGGGUUAUUCUUUCACUCCAAGUUCGCCAGGCGGCAACACCAUGAGUCCGACGAAGAAACGGCUAUCACCAAUGGCGCCUACAAGAAAUUCUCUCUUCGUCGUAUUCCGCUUGCAGUCAUAAAUUUCUAUCGCGUUGUUGCCUUCCGAUGGACCCUAGAAAUAGGGAAAUCCUACACCCUCAACAUGGCAGAAGUUUUUGUGACUGUGGCAUACAUCACCCUUCUCUUGAUAUACUCCUUCAUUAAUACCACCUCACUCGAGGGUCAGAAGCUUGACAUCAUCUACUGGAGCAACCGCGUAUCCAUUUUGGCGGCCAGUCAGUUUCCCCUUGUGACGGCUCUUGGAACAAAGAACAAUAUCGUGUCUCUGGUCACAGGCAUCAGCUAUGAUAGGCUUAAUUAUAUCCACCGAAUGAUGGCCAGGACAUGCUUCAUGCUACUUUGGGUACACGGAGCGGGUCAAGUUGUGUCAAACUCCUCCUUCCGGGAUUCUUUGGACGAGACAUGGCUUCGCGCCGGUAUCAUUGCCUUGAUUGCUUUCUCUAUUCUGAUCAUAGUAUCACUGCGUCCCGUUCGCACUGGUGCCUACGAGCUUUUCUUCUAUACCCAUUUCCUUGGUGUCGGGAUAUUCUUGGUGGGAGGAUAUUUCCACACCAAGCCUAAUCACGCGUCGUACUGGAUAUGGCCCUCGUUUUUAUUCUGGGCUCUUGAUCGUUUCAUACGGGUGGUUCGGCUAGUGGUAUUCAAUCACUCUUACUUUGGCUUCAAGUCAGGAACUGGGACAAUGGACGCAGCAACAGAAUUGCUUUCUGAAGAUGUCGUUCGAUUGCGUCUAUGUCGACCCCCGCAUUUCCAUUGGUCCCCAGGACAGACGGCAUACCUGAUCAUGCCCUCGGUUUCGACACUGCCAUUCGAAGCGCACCCUUUUACUAUUGCGAGUUUCGAUUCUAGUCUGCUGUCAACCGCAUCAGCGGAGACGCAAUCUAGCACUGAGGUUCUGGGAUCAAGCGCUCCAUUCUGGAAGGAGCUGGUGUUUCUGAUUAACGUGCAAGGAGGGUUCACGAAAAAGCUAAAGGAGGCAGCGGCCAAGAAGGCAACGGUCAAGGUUUUUGUGGAUGGUCCUUAUGGCCCGUCUCCUGACCUUGGUUCUUAUGACACGUCUGUAUUGGUGGCAGGAGGGUCUGGUGUCUCAUAUACCCUCCCGGUCUUCCUGAACGUUAUCGAACGCGUACGCAAGGGGAAAAGUUCUUGCACACGUGUGGUGUUCAUUUGGUCAAUUCGCGGGGCUGAGUAUGUUCAAUGGAUUGAAGAAGCACUUAUCAAGGCUGUUCAGCUUGCUCCGCCUUCUUUGGCAGUAUCUAUCCGCAUCUUUGUCACUGGUUCCUCAUCCGCCGUGCAAUCUAAAUCGCUCAGGGAAGAUAACUCUAGCCUUGCAAGUUCGAGCGAGAAGAAAGACAAUUCCGAACACAUCAUAAUCAGGAAAGAUUCCUUAUCAUCAUUCUUGUCGUUGCGCGGUGUUAGGAUGGAAACUGGAAGACCAAAUCUAGACGCACUGCUGAAGGAGGAGGUCAGUGUGACCUCGGGGAGGAUGUCGGUGAGCGUCUGCGGGUCUCAGGGUAUAGCACGCUCGGUCCGUCAUGCACUUCGCUUCCCGGUCUCUGGGCCUUCCAGUAUCCUCAGCGGAGGACCCAGCGUGACCCUGCACGUGGAAUCGUUCGGAUACGCCUGAUAGUCCCGUCUCCUCAAACUUCUUAUUUACUUUAUGCAAGACCUAAGUUUACUGUGUAAACAGGGAUCCUUGCGAAUUUUUACUGUAGUUGUUUAACAAGGACUCUCAGUACUGUAUCCAUCAAGCUGCGAAAAGGGUUAAAUAGCUAGCCCGCACCUAGAAUAGAAUAGAUACUAAUACAUAUGCGAAACAAACAUAACAGAAC